AGUAAUUUGAUAUGGAACCUAAGAACGAUCCAGCAGACUCAGAAAGCCACCAAGAAGAUGCUCACGAGUCAAGAGAGGACGAAAACGGAACUCCGCAUGAUAGAGAAGAAAGCCAGGAAAAACAAGAAGAUUACAUGGAAGAACUCAAACAAGCUCAUGACCUAGAAGCUAAGCGGCUUAUGGAUGCCAAGGCACAGAGGAAGCAGGUAGAAAAGGAUGCUGAGUUACUAAAGAACCGUAUUGCCCUCCUCCAGAUGGAAGAGAAAAAGGCAAGGAAGAAGAUUGAUGAGACCAAGAAGAGGACCAACGAAGUUACGAUACUUAAAUAAAAGAAAUGAAGCUAAAUACAAGGAAAAAGUAUUCAAGACUAAGAAGGAGACAGAAGAAAAGACCAAACUCAAGAAAAGGAAUGUAGCCAUACGUAAUCAGAGAAAGGAAGAACAGAAGAAAAUAAAGGAAGCCCUAUUGAUAUCAAAGAAACAGGAAGCCAAGAUGGCUAAGCUACAGAAGAAGCAGAAUGACCAGAGAAGGAAGAACCAGAAGAAAAGAGUCGAGCAGGAGAAUAAGAUCAAGACCGAUAUCAUCAGACAGCAUCAUAAUAUACAGAAGAUCAAGAGAGAUGAACUCAAGAGGAAAGUAGAAAAAGAUUCUAAAAAUCAUUAUGAUAGCCGUAUUGAUGAUGAAGAAAAUGUCAGACUUAAUAAAGAGAAUGAAGUCAUGGAGCUUGAAAGAAUAGAAAUGGAGCUCAUUAAGAAGUUACAGAACACACAGCAAAUGCAAAAGGAUGCUUAUAAUGAACUAGAAGGAGCCUUAGCUAAGCCUACUCCUUAUUUAAAACCUGCAGGGGUUCAUGGGCCUGAAAUUGCCGAUGAGAAUGAUACUGAUUAAAUCCUAAAUUCUAAAUAAUGAGAGUUUAGUAUAAAA